AUGGCGCACUCCAAGCGCAACACCUCCCUCCCACACUUCACCGCCUACGAACGCUCCCUCCUUCGCACCACCUGGGGAACCCAGCGCACCCGUCUUUCCCGAGAAUCAUUCCUCCCCUUCUCAUCAUGUCGACUAUGUCUUCUCCCCGCCCGGAGCCCCGUCGUCGCCUGCGCCACGAACGGAGAUUUAUUCUGUCGUGAAUGCGCCGUGAACGAUCUCCUCGCCCAACGCAAAGAGAUCAAACGGUUGGAAAAGGAGCGGGAGCUCGCGGAGCGGGAUAGAGAGGAAGGAGAGGGCCGGUUGGCGGAAGAAGCACGCGAGCGGGAAUUAAGAGAAUUCGAAUUGGUUAGCAUGGGUCUGGAGGAGAGGAAGCGGAGACUGGAUAUUGAUAGAGACAGGGGUGGGGAGGAUGGGAACCCCAAUGGAGAGGCGGCGAGAAAGAGGAGGAAGGGAUUUGAGUUGGAUGAAAAGACUAUGCGGAAUAUUGCGCAGGAGGAGAGGGAGAAGAUUCGGAAGGAAAUUGAGAGGGAGCGGAGUGAAUCGUCGAAAUCUCAGCUUCCCUCUUUCUGGGUUCCUUCGCUCACCCCGUCCACCUCAAACGAUCUAUCCAGCAAGCUGGUCAAGCUGGCACCAUUAUGCACCGCCUCCACUCCUGAAAACAAACACAAUUACUCAUUAAAGAACCUUUGUUACUGUCAACUUCACUGA